GAACUUUACAGUCGUGAUCCCAUUAUCCUACUUCGCAGCUUACAAUUCGUUUUACACUUCUUUUCGUUGGGCUAGAUGGACUGCGCAGAAGGCUCCGAACGCGAAAACAAGCAGACUCAGUAUUGGGUUUACGACAUAGUCACCCAGCAUGCUGCGCUGACAACGACAGGAGGCCGCGUCUGGGAUGCUGCACGCAGACUGGCUUCCUUCCUCGAGGAGAUGUCUGAUGAGUUGCAGCUGCACCGGCCCGGCCUGCGGGUGCUUGAGCUGGGUUCGGGUCUGGGCUGGCUGGGCAUGACCCUGGCCCGCAACCUGCCGCAUGCAGGCAAGGUUGUCCUCACCGAGCAGGAGGCGGGCGGCGGCCUAGCCUGGCUGGCUCACAACGUCUCCCUCAACUCCCACCUGCCCGGGGUGGGGCGGGCGGUGCAGGUGGCGGCGUGCGACUGGCUGGAGUACGGGGGCGUGGCAGGAGCGGGGGUGGUAGAGGGAGAGCAGCAACCGCCUCUGGGGAUAAAGGAGGAGGAGGAGGUGCUUAAUGGGGAGGUGGAGGAGGAGGAGGAGGAGCAGGAUGAGGGUGAAGGGAGAAGGCGGAAGCUGGCGUGUGGCAGCAGCAGCGGCAGCAGCCCCGGAGGAGGAGGAGGGGAAGUUGAGCAGCAGCAGCAGCAGCUGGCAGGUGCGACCCACGGGUCAGCGCCGACACCUGACGCUCACCCGACAACAGCAGCGGCAUUGACGUCUCCUGGCAUGGAACCCGCUGCAACCACGACAGCCAAUGCCAGUAGCGGUUGUGGCGGCGAUAGAAGA